UGUUGCUCACUGCCUUAAAGACGCAUCCCUGGGGAUUUGCACUUUACACCCCCAACAUGGAUAACUCUGUGAUAAAAUUCCUGCAAGACGCACAACUUGACCACAAGGUGAAAUUUUUUGAUGAUCUGGGUGUUUGGGUCCUUAAUGACAUGAAACUUGUCAAAGUCGACGAGCAUCUCAGGGAUUUUAGUAAAAAAGAAAAACAGCACUUCGAAAAGGCGUUACAGAAAUUGGAGAAGACAAAGGAAGGCGUGAAGACAGAUGAAAAGGCCACCCUCUGUUCUGGGCAGAAAUUGGGAGAGGAGGGAGAGGUCUUCACUGUCAAUGGUCAAAGCAGAACCAAGCACCAUGAAGCCGAGGAGGACAGAGAGGCACCCGCCUCUAGGGGUUGCUGUGCGAGCCUCUCUGCCAGCUGCGCCAGAACUUGCCGCCCAUGCAGUGCUAAACACAACCCCCUACCCCCCGGGGCUUCAAGGGGGGACAAGUUGAAGCACGCUUUUCUCUGCCCACCCCACGGCCUCGUGGCCAAGAUGGCGGUUCUGGUAACGUCAGCGGUGAUGCUGUGGGCAUGUCUAUGGGCCGUCACUGGAAAGGAAGCGCUCCCUGGCGGCAACUUUUUCUCCAUACUUGUACUGCUUAUUUGCUGCACGAUCGGUGGAUAUGUGUCCCAACUCUGCCGUCUACCGCCGCUGUUUGGCAUGCUGGUGAUUGGUUUCUGUCUACGUAACAUACCUUACAUCGACAUUGCUAAACAUAUUCAGCCAGCGUGGGCAUCAUCUCUCAGGUCUGCCGCACUGGUUGUACUCCUGGUGCGAGCUGGGAUAGGCCUGGAUCCUGUGGCACUGAAAAGACUGUCCUGUGUUGUGAUACGGUUUGCUGCCAUACCUUGCUUCGUAGAAGCUGCCGCAGUCGCUGUACCCAGUCACUGGUUGCUGAACUUCGGCUGGGACUGGUGCUUUAUGCUGGCUUUUGUAUUGGCGGCUGUUUCCCCAGCAGUUGUGGUUCCGAGUAUGCUUCACGUGCAGGAGGAGAGACUGGGUCUAGAUAAAGGUAUCCCAACCCUUGCCAUAGCCGCAUGUAGCAUUAACGCUGUGAUCGCCAUCAGCGCCUUCGGGGUGUUUCUGGGUAUUGCAUUUUCCACAGGAGAGUUGGCAUUAACAAUAGUCCGAGGUCCCCUGGAGGCUCUGCUAGGUGUUGUGUAUGGUAUCGUCCUGGGGGUCUUGUUGUGGUAUGUACCACAUAGACACAGUAAAAGUAUUGUCUUCUUCCGUACUUUCCUGGUGUUUGGAGGUUCACUGUUUGCAUAUUUUGGAAGUAAAGCCGCCAAGUUAUCAGGUGCAGGGGCUUUGGGAAGUCUGGCUAUUGCAUUUGUGGCUGCCCAGGGAUGGAGAAGACAAGGUUGGAGCAAUGACAAGAACCCAGUUGGUGCUGUGAUGGCCAAGUUUUGGAUCAUCUUCCAGCCAUUGUUGUUUGGUCUGAUGGGGGCAGAGGUGAAAGUGGAAGACUUACAAGGAGGCAAUAUUGGAAUGGGUUUGGCCGUGCUGUUCAUUGGACUAUUUCUCCGGCUGGUAGUUUCAUUUUUCACAGUAUUUGGCACAGACUUGAAUAUGAAGGAAAAAAUCUUCAUGGCCAUCAGUUGGUUUCCUAAAGCUUCUGUUCAGGCUGCUAUUGGCCCUGUAGCAUAUGACACAGCUAAGGCUUAUAAUGCUGGCCCAGAGGUCCUAGCACUAGGAAAACAGAUACUGACAAUUGCUGCCCUGUCAAUCCUCAUAACAGCACCACUCGGAGCGGCAGCCAUUGCACUAACUGCGCCACGAUUCUUGAAGAAAAUCCCCAAGGAGGAGGAAAACAUUGACAAAGACAACAUGGACUUUGAGGCUCAAGGAGACAAUGAAAGCAAAUACCAAGAGGGCGAGAGUUCCAAACUGUAAUUUGAACAGUUUUGAGGGAAAUAAUUUUGAUUGUUAUGGGUGACAUCUUUCAAAGUGACGGAUCCAGGAAGACUUUAUUUUUGACAGCAGAUCAAUGAACUCUUGUUUGGUAAAUCUG